CCUCGGGAGCUACGCACGCUGUGCGACGGACGCUGCGGCGCGGCCGGGACACCUGGCGGCGGGGCUGUGCGAGGGCGUCCGCAGGCAUGUCGCUGCCUCCGGAGAAAGCCUCGGAGCUGAAGCAGCUCAUCCAGCAGCAGCUGAGCAAGAUGGAUGUCCACGGCAGAAUACGGGAGGUCCUGGCCGAGACCAUCCGGGAAGAGCUGGGGCCAGACCAGCAACACCUGUCAACAGAAGAUUUGAUCAAAGCUCUUAGACGUCGAGGAAUCAUUGAUGAUGUGAUGAAAGAACUUAAUUUUGUUACCGAUAAUGUUGAGCAAGAACUCUCUUCCUCUCCAAAACAGCCUGUUGGUUUUGAUAAACAGUCAACAUUUAAAAAAACUAAUAUUGAUCCAACACGGAGGUAUCUUUACCUUCAGGUUCUGGGUGGAAAAGCUUUCUUGGAACAUCUUCAAGAACCUGAGCCUUUACCAGGACAAGUUUGUUCAACUUUUACUUUAUGUUUACAUUAUCGGAACCAGCGUUUUCGUUCCAAACCUGUUCCGUGUGCCUGCGAACCAGAUUUUCAUGAUGGCUUUUUACUUGAAGUACACAGAGAAAACUUAGGUGAUGGGACUAGAAUGGCUGACCCAACAACAAUGUUAUCAAUAAGUGACCCAGUUCACAUGGUGCUAAUCAAGACAGAUAUUUUUGGGGAGACCACUUUAGUAGCCUCUUAUUUUCUAGAAUGGCGAUCAGUUUUGGGCUCAGAAGAUGGAGUGACCAGUCUGACAGUGGAACUCAUGGGUGUAGGCACGGAAUCAAAAGUUUCUGUGGGAAUUUUAAAUAUAAAAUUUGAAAUGUACCCACCACUCAGUCAAACACUAUCUCAAGAAGUAGUGAACACCCAGCUUGCUUUGGAACGUCAGAAGACUGCAGAGAAAGAACGGUUGUUUCUUGUGUAUGCUAAGCAGUGGUGGAGAGAAUAUUUGCAAAUUCGACCCUCACACAAUUCACGACUGGUCAAGAUUUUUGCACAGGAUGAGAAUGGCAUAAACAGGCCAGUCUGUUCCUAUGUGAAGCCACUUGGAGCUGGACGGCUGCUGGACACCCCAAGGCAGGCAGCAAGAUUUGUGAAUGUGCUGGGGUAUGAGCGGGCCCCUGUGAUCGGAGGAGGAGGUAAACAGGAGCAGUGGUGCACUCUGCUGGCCUUUCUCUGUAGGAACAAGGGUGACUGUGAGGACCAUGCUAAUCUCCUGUGCAGCCUGCUGCUCGGCUACGGCCUGGAAGCCUUUGUCUGUGUCGGGACGAAGGCCAAAGGGGUGCCACACGCCUGGGUCAUGACCUGUGGGACGGACGGCACCGUCACCUUCUGGGAGAGUCUAACAGGACACAGGUACAUCCACAAACCUGCCAGUCCUGAUGAGUCUCCACUUGCUGAGCAGCCCAAACCGCUGUACCCGUAUCGAACAAUUGGUUGUGUUUUCAAUCAUCACAUGUUCCUGGGGAAUUGCCAGCCCUCUGAUGCUGUAGAAGCCUGUGUGUUUGAUCUGAGUGAUGAAUCCAAAUGGAAGCCCAUGAGUGAAGAAGCAAUCAAGUCUGUGUGUGCUCCUGGAGCUACAACCUCUCUCCCGCCCUUCCCACCACUGUGUGCGUCCACAGUGGACGCAUCGGUGACUAGUAACGAAAUUGAAAUGCAGCUGAGGCUCCUGGUGUCUGAGCACAGGAAGGAUCUGGGCCUCACUACCGUGUGGGAAGAUCAGCUUUCUUAUCUUUUGUCGCCAGCCCUGGCCUCCUAUGAAUUUGAGCGCACAACGAGCAUAUCUGCAGGAAAUGAGGAGUUUCAGGACGCCAUCAGGAGGGCUGUGCCUGACGGGCACACAUUUAAGGGCUUCCCCAUCCACUUCGUGUACAGAAAUGCAAGGCGUGCAUUUGCCACGUGUCUUCGGUCCCCGUUUUGUGAAGAAAUAAUCUGUUGCCGUGGAGACCAAGUGCGACUGGCAGUGCGUGUCCGAGUGUUCACUUACCCUGAGUCGGCCUGUGCUGUUUGGAUCAUGUUUGCUUGUAAAUAUCGCUCUGUGUUGUAGGACUAAAUUGCCACAAGAAUUAUACCUGCAUUUUAUUGGAGUUUUUCACAUUGUGCACUACCAGCUAUUGGAGGUUUCUUAUUUUAAAAUAUCAUAAUCUAGCUUGGAUGUCAUAUUUCAGAUUUGUAUAGAUAUUUUGGUUUUGUGUGUGUGUGUGUUUCAUUUUUUGGUGUUUUUUUUUUUGGUAUCAGGGACCAAACUCAGGACCUUGUGCUUGCAAGGCAGGCGCCGGAACCACUGAGCUAAAUCCCCAGCCCUUUGUAUAGAUAUUUUAAAAUGAUCAUGUGUAUAUUUAAAAAUCAAAGAUGAAAAUGUGUAUAAAUCUUAGUUGAAUGUAGUAUAAAUUAAGUAUAUAUUCUAUUUUAAUAAAUGCUGCUUUGUCUGUAGGUAUCUGGUAGUUUAAAUAUGAAUAUAAAAUUUACUCAGUUUUUUAACACUUAUAAGUAACCAGAGAAGUAUUUGUCUAAUAAGAUCAAAAUGAUGAUUAUUUUUCGUAGGUGAAUGAGAUUAUCUUUCACAAAUUAAGGGAGAAAUUAACCUUACAACUGUACAGCCAUACCACCCUGAAUGCGCCCAAUCUCGUCAUAUCUGAAGCUAAGCAGGGCUGGGCCUGUUAGUACUUGGAUGAGAAACCUCACAGCAGACUUGCUUAUUACGUGGGUGAAAAUAUAUUUUACCAAGUCAUCACUUUUGUGGUUCACCUAUGAUGCUAGGGAUCUUUGAGAUUUUCCAGAAAUGUAUGAGAAGACUCUGAAGUAAGAACAGGAAAAAAUACCAGGAAAGCAUAGAUAUGAAUAACAAAGCUCACAUGAAAGUACAUGGAUAAUUUAUAAAUACUUAUUAUCAAAAUUGAGUAUUUUAGAAAAAAAUAGGUUGCACCCUUUUGUCAUGAACAUUUUCUGUAAUUAACAUUGCGAGUCUAUCCCUGAUUUUUGGUGGUCAAAAGAUUAAUUUGUUUUUGGUUUUUUUGUUUUUUAUUUAUAUAUUAAUUGGUACAUUUUAGGUAUGAAAUACGUUUACAUUUAUCAUUGGGUGCUUGUACCUGAACGUGAUGAAUCUUGGUUCUUAUUUUUUUCCCCAUUACCUGUGCGCCCUUCACCCCCUCCACCCCUCCCUAUUUACAUAGACUUUGUUUCCUUUUUUUCUUUUCUUUUUUUUUUUUCUUAUGAGAAUAAUUUUUCCUUUCCUUUCUUCCCUUUCCCCUUCCCCUCCCGCCACCCGUACGCCUUUGCACCUUUUCCUAUUUCAAAGUUUAAUAUUUUUUAAAGAUUAAUUUCUUUAUGGAUUCCACCCUCCGAAACUGAUUUUCCCCUUCUUUCUCGUGUUACCAGAUAAGUCAUUGUGUGAGGCCCCUGGGAAGAGCGUGUGAGCGGCUCCACGCCUGCUUACUUCACACUUGAGCAAGUUUAAAGCGUUCAUUUUAAGGGAGCAAAAGGGAGCAUUGAAAACAGUCACAGUUCAGCUGGGAGAAGCUGUGGACUAGGUGGCGGGCUUGGCUGUCCACGUGGUGUGUGUGGUGUCUCCGCAGUGUCUGGGAACGGAGCCUGCCCUGGGCAGGUGUGGUGCCUCUGAGCAGCACCCCGGGCACCGCAGUUUUAAUUUGGCCGUUUGCCUGUCAGUCUUCCUGAGCAAAUGAGGUCUUCCUUUCAUUACUUUAAUUCACUACUGCAGAGGGUGGUUUUGAUUUUAAAAAUUAAAAAUAUCUGGGGCCAGGGAUGUAGCUCAGUGGUUCUGCUGCCUGCCUUGCAAGCACAAGGACCCAAGUUCGAUCCCUGGUACCAAAAAAACAAACAAACUAGAAAUAUCUUAAAAUAUUCUUUUAUACAUAUAUAUAUAUAUAAUGAAUAUGAUUUAGCUUGUUUUAAAAGUCUAAUACAUUACUCAUAUUGAUUUUCGUUGAAAAUGGUACUCAGAUGUUUCUUAUAGACUGACAUUAGAGAAUUCAUAAAUAAGAAUGAAGACAUCUUAUCUGUUGCCAGAAUUACACAUAAAGCUAUCAACAGAUAAAACUGCUUGUAACUUCCAACUUGAGACAGACUGUAAGCGCACCCGAAGAGGCAGGCUGUGUUGGGACAGUCUUUCUUUUUUUCCAGUCCCACAUGACACAUGUAUUUCAAAUGUGCUUUGGGUAUAAAUGUUCAAAUAAACUCACUUCUUACUUGCUUCAGUAGUCUUGCAUCACUGUUUCCCUUUAAGAGGUUCACUUCAUAUGACUACUUCACUGAGUGAUCACUAGGAUUCCGCUAACAAUAACUUUUUUUGUUUUUGGUACUGGGGAUUGAACUCGGGUCCUUGCGCUUGCGCAGCAGGCGGCAAAACCACUGAGCUAAAUCCCCGGCCCCACUAACAAUAACUUUUUAGAAUUAAAUUUACCAUGUAUGUUUAGCCGUCAUAGUUCUUUCUAUUAAAAUGUAAACAUUUUUA